AUGUUCACAUUCGACGCUGUCGCUGACGAGGCGAGCAAACAAGAGGAAAUCUUUGCUAUGGUCGGCAAGAGCAUCACAGAUUCGUGCAUAGCCGGCUACAACGGCAGCAUAUUUGCCUACGGCCAAACAGGCUCGGGCAAGACGCACACCAUUCAAGGAGCGAUGACACCCAGCGGCGAGUUCCUUCCCGGGAUGAAGGGUCUCAUCCCGCGCGUGCUCGAUCACAUGUACUUCCUCAUGGACCAGAGCGAGAAAGCGAGCCUGGGCUCAGUGCGCUUUGAGUGUCGCUGCUCGUUCCUCGAGAUCUACAAGGAGAAGAUCAUGGACUUGCUCAAUCCCACAAUGCUCGACCUCAGCAUCCGCGAGGACAUCAAGCGCGGCAUCUACGUCGAGAACCUUACCGAACAGCCUGUCUCCUCCACCGCAGAGGCGCUUGAGGUGUUGCGGGUUGGCGCCGCCAAUCGCCACGUAGCUGCAACGGGCUGCAACGAGUUUUCCAGCCGCUCGCACAGCGUCUUCACCAUCACCAUCAAGUCCAAGGCACUCCUCGACGAUGUGGGCCAUGCCAAUGUGAGCGUGGAUGGGGAGAAGGAAGCCAAGGGCAAGAUCGACGGGGAGGACCACACUCGAGGGGGCCACAAGGGCGAUGGGGAUGAGGGUCACCAAGCCGAUCGAUGUGUAGUGGUAGAGGCGGUGCUUGCCGGCACCUUUUAG